GGCCUUCCAGAGCGUCACUCACAGCUGGGUGCUAACUAUGCCAGAUCAUCCCUAUCUCAGCGGCCUGAAGCAGAACCUAGCCAACUUCGUCGAGGAGCUGACCGCUUACAUCAGCAUGGUCGAUAGCAAGAUCUCCAACGAGCAUUUCGACGCGAUGGCCGACUACGAGGCGGGCAAGAUCAAGGACUACGAGCAGCGCUGGGCCACCAUGAAGGCUGAGGUCGCACCGUUCAUCCAGCAUGCGACGUCAUCAUCAAGCUCGUCGGUGCGUGCACAGCCGCCUGUGGCACACGGAGCCUCGGAGGAUGAGAUCGACGAGGACGCGCUCUUCGCUCGCAAGAAGAGGCGCAGGUGCUGCAAGAAGAUGACCCCGUCAUGAG